AUGUAUUUACUUAAAAAAUCUUUUGCUCUAAAUGAAGAAAAAGAUAAAAGUUUUGAUAAUUAUAUUAAUUUGGUAUAUGAUUCUAAUAUUAAUGAUAUUGCUAAGGUUUCUGAUAUUAUAG